GCCAGAUCAAGGCAGUGUCAUAAACCGCAUAACUAGUAAUGGCGGAAGAGAUAUCGAUAAUAAAAGCAUGGUCUUCAUAUUCCAAAAGGUUGAACAUUUGGCCGAUUGCGCACACGGAUUUCCUGUCUGGACACGCCGACAAAUAGAGUUUCCAGAUAUUGCUCACGCUGUAAUUAGAAUAAAUAAACUUUUAGCGUCGGGAAGUUUCGAAGUGGAAAAAUGUGAUUAA